AUGGCGAUGCGUCUGAUCCAUCGCAAGCGCUGGGCGCUGCCCAAACAAGAUAGCAGUAUUGCCCCACCACAUGUGUGGAGUAAUGCCGAUCAAGAUCCAGUUCCACCAGAGAAAUGGACUUGGACAGGCUGGACCUUCACGCAGUACUGGCUGUCUGACUUGGUUACUGUUUCAACUUGGUCCGCUGCCAGUUCGGCGUACGCGUCUGGGCUUUCGGCCACGGACACGGUGCUGUUGACACUGGCCGCGGCGCUGUGUAACGCUAUACCAACGGUCCUCAAUGGUGCUGUAGGAGCCGACCUUCACAUUCCAUUUCCCGUCGCUAUUCGGGCUAGCUAUGGCACGUACUUCGGGUACUUCUGUGUGGCAUCGCGUGCUGUGCUAGCGAUGUUUUGGUUCGGCAUCCAGAGCUCGUAUGGAGGCCAGUGUGUAACUCCGGGAAUGAUUUCCUAUGUUAUCUACCAUGUCGUUCAAACGCCAUUCCUCUUCAUACCAACCCAUAAGUUGCAAUAUAUGUUUAUUUUCAAGUCCACUCUGGUACCACCCAUGGCGCUCGCUAUGGUAAUUUGGAUAUCAGUCAAGGCUGGAGGGGGAAGUGCGAUGUUCCAUGAGCCAUCCACUGUUCACGGCGCCGAGCGAGCAUGGCUAUGGCUGAUGAAUAUGACCUCAAUCACCGGUGGCUUUUCAACACUCGCGGUCAAUAUUUCCGACUUCUCGCGCUUUAGCAAGAAGCCAGGCAGUCCAGUUUGGCAACUGCCCAUGAUUCCCCUCUUCAAGGUUAUCACUGGUCUUUUUGGCAUCAUUGCUGCCAGCGCAUCUAAGCAGGUGUAUGGGAUCAUUCUAUGGAGCCCGUUGCAGAUAAUUGACCAGUGGCAAGGCUCCUCCGAUAUGACGACCAUGUGCCCGAAAUGGUUCAACAUUAAACGCGGAAUGAUCAUGUGCAUGGUUCUGGGCGGAUGGGCGCUCUGUCCCUGGAUUAUCAUUAAGAGCGGUCAAACCUUCCUCAGUUUCAUGGGCGCAUAUUCCAUAUUUAUGGCACCAAUUGCGGGCAUUCUUUGCUGCGAUUACUGGCUCAUUAAGCGACGCAAAUACGACGUCCCUGCUCUAUAUGAUCCGCGAGGGAUAUACUACUACAAGGUGAUCAAAAACAGCUCGGCAUAA